GGAGGGGCGUGGUUUAUUAAUGCUGGUUGUGCCGAAGGGGCGUGGUCUAGUGACUGGGGUGUGGGCUGACCCGGAAGUAGGCGGGGCUCCCGGCGCGCGCGCGGGAGGAGGUGCCGGCGCGGCCGCCAUGCUGUUUUACUCCUUCUUCAAGUCCCUCGUGGGCAAAGACGUGGUGGUGGAGCUGAAGAACGACCUGAGCAUCUGUGGGACCCUCCACUCCGUGGACCAGUACCUGAACAUCAAACUGACCGACAUCAGCGUCACCGACCCCGAGAAAUACCCGCACAUGCUGUCGGUGAAGAACUGCUUCAUCCGGGGUUCGGUGGUGCGGUACGUGCAGCUCCCGGCCGAUGAGGUGGACACACAGCUGCUGCAGGACGCAGCGCGGAAAGAGGCGCUGCAGCAGAAACAGUGACCCCCAAAACCAGGGGGCGGACCCCAAAACCAUGAGGGGAUCCCCAAAAUUGGAAGGGACCCCAAAAUUGGGGGGAGCCUAAAAAAUUGGGGGUGGGAGGGCUUGAAUUGCAGCGAGAACCCAAGUCCUGCAGGAGGUGAUGCAAGAGAAAGGCGGGUGGACCCCAAAUUGAGGGGGUACCCCAAAAACUGGGGGAUUUCUCACACUUUGGGGGGGGUCCCUGAGAUCCAGGGGUUGCCCGAAACAUGGAGGGACCCCAAAAUUUGGGGGGGGCUAAAAAUUGGAGGGGGGGGCCUCGAAUCGCAGCAGGGACCCCAAGUCCUGCAGGAGAAAGGGGGGGUGGCAAAUUGGGAGGUCCCUGAGAUCUGGGGGAGGCCCUGAGACCCUGGGGGGACUGUAGAACACAUUGAGGUUGUCCUAAAAGUGGGGGGACACCCCAAGGCCCUCGAGGGUGUCCCUAGAGCCGAAGAGGGGACCCCAAACACCAGCCCCCCCCAAAAAUAAUUGGGAGCCCCCCCCCUAGAUUUUUGAGUCCCCGCAGUGCUGCCCUCCCCGAACUCAGGGUCCCCCACCACCACACCUGAAUCCCCCCCUCGAUGUUGGGGUCCCCCCACACACCAAAAAUUGGGUCAAUAAAUGUGAUGU